AUGAUUCUGAACAUUCAUCUCAAACCAGGUCAGCAAGAUACCAUGAUUUGGACUCCUCACAAGCAAGGCAAAUUCUCGGUCAAGUCGGCCUACGGGUCCAUUCUCUUAGAAAAGGCGGCGAAAUCAACCUCCCCUGAGUCGAGCAAUCACAAUCUGAUAAUGUCGAAAGUAUGGAAAACCACCUGGGGCACUCAAGAUAAAGAAGAAGAUACAAGUCUUCCUCUGGAAAUGUUGGUUUCAUUACUUAGGAACUCAAGAUCAAUUAACCAAAAGAGGCCUAAGUGUCGACCCAAUCUGCAGCGACUACAUUGGGAAGGUAUGCAAGAAUCUAAUUCUUCUUUUCGAAAUUGGUGGUCUGAUAUUUGCACAAUGAGGAAAGGUCGGAGCUUUGCGGAUCGUAUCCAUUAUUCCUCGUAUAUUCUCUGGUGGCUGUGGAAAUCUCGAAAUAUUUGGAUAUUCAACAGCACAUGGAAAUCUGAAAUAGAUAUUGCUCAGGGUGCUUGGAAGGAAUGGACCGAAUUUGAAGAAGCUAAUUACAUGCAUGUUUAA